AUGUCCCAAACGCUACCCCCAGUCGCCCUCCCGGGCACUCUUCUCGGCUCCACAACAAAAUAUCUUCCUGGACCAGGCACUCACAUCUACGAAUCGUACAUCUACUCGUCGAUAGCUGGGGCUGUCAGUUCGACCGCAACGCGUGCCCCGUCUGCAACCAAGCCUACCACCACAAGCACACCCACAGCUUCAACGGCUACAACGGCUACCAAAUCAAAACCGCUCCCGCUUCUCUCUGUAUCACGAGACAAUGGGGCUGGGCAAGAUACAAUGGGCAUCUUGGGCGUUGGUAGCGGCGGUGGCGAUACGAUAUUACCAGAAGUCGAAAGCAUAGUGCUCGCGCGUGUGACACGGCUCGGUCAACGCUUUGCAUCCGUUGAGAUUCUAGUCGUGUCAGGCUCGGUUUGUCGUGAGCCUUUCCAAGGCAUGAUUCGCCGCGAGGAUGUGCGCGCGACGGAGAAGGACAAGGUCAAGAUUGAGGAGAGCUUUCGGGUUGGCGAUUUGGUCAGAGGCACCGUAAUAAGUUUGGGCGACCAGAGCAAUUAUUACUUGAGCACUGCGCAGAACGAACUAGGUGUUGUCAUGGCUAAAAGCGAGGCUGGGAAUACUAUGUAUCCUGUGAGCUGGAAAGAGUUUGUAGAUGCGAAGACGGGCACGAGGGAAAAGCGGAAGGUGGCUAAACCAUUCUGA